GUCAUUUUUAGACCUCUGCCUGCGUCGGAGAGUCGUCCAUAAAUCGAUCUGCGCUGUUUUUAGGCUGCAAUAUAAAUAUUAACUACUACAACACUGGCAAAAAGGACGAUAUCUUCCCACAUACAUAUAGCAGUGCAAUGAUGGGCGUUCGAAGGAUUUUGGCAGCAUUGCUGCUGAUUACAUCCUCUAGUGGAGUGUUAUCACAGGAAGAUCCCGAAUGCAAAACACCGACCAUGUCAGACGGAUUCUGCGUGUCCAUUGAACGGUGCCGGAAUAUUUACUCCAUCAUUAUCUCACCGACGCCACCUUCGCGAGGCAUUCAGAACUACAUCAACCGAGCGGCCUGCAGUCUGCCCGAUGUGCCCCGCAGCGUCUGUUGCCAACCGUUAGAGGUCGUACCCGCUCCCACAACAACUACAACGACAACAACGACCACCACUACUACCGUCGCUCCGAGUACCGUUGUCGCACCGGUCAAAACCAAUGCCGGGCCAGUGAUGGUGACUGGCGUCGAGCCGGACGCUGGCGCCACGCUCAACUGGAAUCUGCUGCCAACGAGAAACUGCGGCACCAUCACGGUCAACCGGAUAGCGCACGGUAAUACGACGCGCGUGUUUGAGUAUCCGUGGAUGGUGUUGCUGCGGUACGAAUCGAACGGUGUGCUGUCGGACCGAUGUGGUGGAUCGCUGAUAAAUAAUCGUUAUGUACUGACUGCGGCACAUUGUGUCCGGACAUCGAGCAGCAUCCGAUUGGUGAAAGUGCGACUAGGUGAGCAUGACAAACGCCAGCAGAUUGACUGUCACGUGUACAGUGAUGGUGAAAAGGAUUGUGCAGAUCCGGCAGUCGAUGUCGACAUCGAGUCCAUGAUCGUGCACAAAGACUACAAUCGCCCGAUCAAGUUCCGGCACGACAUUGCCCUGCUAAGGAUGGCACAGGAAGUUGAGUUCUCGGAUUCCGUUAAACCAAUUUGCUUGCCGGUUAAUGAAGACGUAAGGCGAAAGGUAUUGCCAAAGUACAUCAUCACCGGCUGGGGUACGACGGAACAGCAAUCGUUGUCAGACCUGCUGCUGCAAGCCAUCGUUAACCAUGUGCCAGUACCGGAGUGUCAGCAAAAGAUGAACGAAAACUUCCUCUACGUUACGCUGGCGGACGAGUGGCAGAUGUGUGCGGCGGGCGAGGGGCUGGUCGAUUCCUGCCAGGGUGAUUCGGGUGGCCCGCUAGGGUUUAGCGUGGAUGUGGCUGGGGCAAAGUUUGUGCAGUUCGGAAUCGUAUCGGCAGGAGUGCGGUCCUGCGGAAAGGAAAGCGUGCCCGGCAUUUACACCCGUGUGACGAGCUACAUGAACUGGAUAGUGGCUAAUAUGAAGCCAUAAAAUUGGGUCGUCUGGUUGCGUCAAGCACUACUUUUUGGGGUUUAUCUGUGUCGAUGAUAGUAACUAAAUACGAUAACGAUAGGCAACUGGCAAUCAAUGUAAAAUAGCAAUAAAGAUAUGAAAUUUAAAUUUUACAAUA